AUGUACUGGCCCAAUGGAGUUCCCCGGGUCUAUGCGGUCAAUGGCCCUGGCAUUCCGCUUGCUUCGUCUGAUGAAGACGGGGCAGUCGACCAUGAAAACUUUCCAGAGCAAAGUCAAUCGGUAAAUCCAAAUGAAUCUGAACAGUCCGGUACGGAACCGGGCCCGUGGGCGAAUGAGGUUAUUGGUGGCCUUUGUGUCUCACGGAGUGGGCAUAUGUUUGCUACGAUGACCGAUUCAUCGAUAGCUAUUUGGCAAACUAAACCUACUGCAGUCGUUGCCGCUGUUGCUCGAUCUCCCUCGUCGUUGAAGAACUAUGGUACCAACACAGCACUUCUCAUGCAUCCAGAUUCGACGAUCCUCGCUGUUCAAACCCUAAAUGGAUACCUUCUAACUUACACGAUUGGUUCUGAUUCAAAGUCUCGAGUCUACCAUCAACAUUUCGAUCAUUCUGCGCAGACUCGACGCCACCAGCUCGCACGUCUGUCUGAAGAUGCCAAUGGUAUCCGUGAUGUCAGUAUCCGUUUUAGGAUGGCCAUCAAGAUAGAAUCUGGUAUCGCCAAAGCUCUAGCUCUAGAUAAUGAGCUUGUCGUUGCUACUUUAAAACCAGCCGCAAUUCAGUGCAUUCGAUGGACGCCUGACGCGGGUGGGUCUCAAACUACGUCGGAGCUCUUGAGUCGCAUCCUGGCUGUCUCUAAAAAGACAGCGAUUGCAGAUAUGGUAUACGACCGUGCUAUGAAUCUCUUGAUAUGGGUCACCAGCGACGGACAGGCGUACGCAGUGCAACGAGUGUCGGAGAAAACACGGGAGUCCGAGGGCACCAAAAAGCUCUUCCAAGGCCAUUGCUUCCAUGAUCCCAAAGACGAUGGCGAGAAGGCGAUGAAAGUUACAGUCAAUGCAAGAUUUUCGCUGCUAACUGUGAGUUGUGUAAAUGGCGAUGUGCUUGUCUAUACCGCCAAAGAUUACCUUGGAAACGUCCCACUUUCGCAUAAGCUUCAACUACCAGCAUCUACCACUACUACUGGAUCCUUGACAUUCAUGAGUUACUCGCCGGAUGGGUAUUGUCUUUUUGCCGGUUAUGAGCAGGGUUGGGCAACUUGGAGCGUUUUUGGCAAGCCGGGUGGGAAUAGUUUCUCAGCAGACCGGUCUCUUGCGGCGAAAAACGCCGAAGAGUGGCUGAACGGCGUCUCCCAUGGUUGCUGGAUAGGCGGAGGCUCAGAUAUCAUCUUAACGGGACAGAACGAUCGUCGUCUGUGGAUCUUAGAAACCGCCCGGAGCGCUUUAACAGGCUGUUUCUCAUCUGCAAAUUUGGCGAGAGGCCUAUUGCAAACGGGGACGGAGAUCAUCCUUUAUCGGGGCCAUGAUUUGCCAGAUUUGAUGACAAUAUCGGGCAAAGAUUCUCUAUGGCAUCAUGCGCAAUAUCCACCCAUGUACCUUCACUCUCAGUGGCCGAUUCGUUCUUCUGUCGUAUCCCAGGAUGGGAGAUAUGUUGCCAUUGCAGGCAGACGAGGACUUGCACACUACAGUGUGAACAGUGGCCGCUGGAAGGUGUUCGAAGAUUCCAAAGUAGAAAACUCGUUUGCAGUCCGAGGUGGCAUGUGCUGGUACGGACACAUUCUCAUUGCUGCAAUCGAAAGUGAUGGGUCAUACGAGCUUCGUUUGUAUUCACGGGAGCUACCUCUGAACAACAACUCCAUUUUGCAUAUAGAAUACCUCCCUUCGCCUGUGGUUUUCAUCGGACCCUCGGGCGAGGACUCCCUUCUUGUCUAUACUUACGAUAACAUACUAUACCACUAUAUCAUCAACGCCAUGCAACCCCGAAUAACUCUUGUGCCAGUCGGUCAGAUAGCUUUUAAUGGCAUUGUGCGGGCACCUACCAGAGUUAGGGCAAUCAGCUGGGUUUUGCCCGAGGAUCAACUGAGAAAUGGAGAUCCUUCUCAUGAUGUAAAAGUGGCUUCUGUUCUUCUCUUAGUUGACGGGAAUUUAGUCCUGUUACAGCCAUCGGCUUCGGAGACAGGUGACUUAAAAUACGACAUGCGAGUGAUCUCGCACGAUGUCGAAUAUUACCUUUUGAUGCGUGAUCAGCUCUCGUUUAACUUUUCUCCGCCCAUCGAUGAAUCGAUUCCCUCUAGUCCUUCUGCCGAGAUGGCGUUAGGGGCACACAAAUAUCAAAGCAAUCAAUCAUUGAGGGAUUCUCUUUGGACGUUCUGCGGAGAAGACCUCCUUGCUUGGAAUGACGUUCAAGAGGUGCUACAACGGGAAGAAGUGCCCAAGGCGAUUCAGGUCCCUCUUGAUUUCUAUCCUCUGUCAGUGCUGUUGAACAAGGGCAUUGUUCUAGGAGUUGAAUCGGAGAUGAUCCAGCGGCGUGAUGUGACCUUUGCUGUCUUGAAGUUUGCAAUUCGGACACACUUAUUCCUUCCAUACUUUCUACAACACGAUCUUGAAAAUCUUGACAUACCAGCAGCCUUCUCGCUUUGCCAGCACUUCUCUCAUCUCUCUUACUUUCCGCAUGCACUGGAAGUCUUGUUGCAUCACAUUUUAGAUGACGAAGUCGAUAACGAGAGCAGCCGUAACAAAGCAAGUGACCCAACAGAGGUACGCGAACCGCUGCUUCCGUCGGUCAUAACAUUUCUCCAGGCAUCACUGCCCACGAAGAUAUAUCUGGAUGUUGUUGUCCAGUGUACGCGAAAGACAGAGCUUCGUUCAUGGCGCACUCUUUUCGCCUACCUGCCCCCUCCUAAGGAUUUGUUUGAGCAAGCAUUGAAACUCGAUUCACUCAAAACCGCAGUUGGAUACCUUCUCGUGCUGCAGGCGUUUGAAGACGAGAAGGAAGGACAUGACGCCCCGAUUGAAGACUAUGUCGUCCGCCUGAUUUGGUUGGCCUCGCAGAAAGAUGACUGGGAUCUCUGCGCAGAGCUGGCCAGGUUCCUAAUCGCUCUCGAUGGAUCUGGUGAAAUGCUACGACGAGCUAUAUCUCGGGUGGGUUUUAGAAACGGGGGACUACCAAGCGCCAGCCUGAAUGGCUCCGGGACCAGCAUGAAAGGAUUAGGCCUCGCACUUCCAAUCCGUACACCGUCAUGGUCUUCCUUGUCUCCAACGUCAUCCGCUUCACCACAUCCAAGCCGCCCUUCUGAUCGAGGGUGGAGUGAUGAUGUUUCUACCUCGAGUGGAAAUCCAUACGGUACCAGUGUAGACAGUGGAGUGGAUGACCAUCCCUAG